AUGAUAGGAAGAGGCUUCCCAAAGGCUCCGAGGUCUUAUAUCUGCCCAUCAUGCUCUAGGUCGUUCGAGCUGCAGUCAAGAAGACACGCGACUGCGGCUUCCCCAGACGUCUACGAUGUAGUAUGUGUAGGUGGAGGACCUGCAGGUCUGAGUCUACUGACAGCAUUGCGAUCCUCCAAAGCCACUUCGCAUCUCAGGCUCGCGCUAAUCGAGUCGCAAGACCUUGAGCGAGCGCGAACUUGGAAUCUUCCUCCAGAUCAAUUUUCCUACCGCACCAGCUCUCUUACCCCCUCUUCGCUCUCCUUCCUCUCCCAAAUUGGAGCAUGGCCGAAUGUCGAUACCUCUCGGGUCCAACCAUACCGGCAUAUGCGCGUAUGGGAUGGCCUCUCCUCCAAUUCACGUAUAUCUUUCGACGCCCUGACAUCAGAGCCACCCAUAGCCUCUAUGACUGAGAACCAGAACCUUUCUCGCGCUCUUAUUACAAGCCUCGAUGACCUGCCUACCAUAUCUCUCUUCGACAAAACAUCCGUAGCCGACAUACAUCUCGGCCCUCCACUAUCAUUUCCAGCAGAAUCGCCUACAUCCCUUGAUCUUUCCUCCUACCCUCAUGUGACUCUCUCCUCAAAUCAUACCAUCGCCGCUCGUCUUCUCGUUGGGGCCGAUGGCCUGAACAGCCCUGUUCGCACGUUUGCAGGAAUAUCCACCCGUGGUUGGGACUAUGAUCGUCACGGUGUAGUUGCUACGCUGAAGCUCCCACCAGGAACCGGUCACAGCAGGGAAAAUCCUCAACGAGUUACAGCAUACCAACGUUUCCUACCCUCGGGCCCCAUUGCCUUCCUGGCUCUACCUGGCGACUACGCUACAUUGGUGUGGACUACGACUCCACCGCAAGCCACGCGGCUUAAGGCGUUGAGCACGGAAGACUUCGUAGCCAUGGUCAACGCCGCUUUCAGACUGGAUGUGGUCGAUCUGAAUUACAUGUUCACUCUCGAUUCUGGCCAAGUCGGCGAGCUGGAAUGGCGAGAAUCGGUCCACCCCGGCAAUAAAGCAGAUCUCGGUGGAGAAACGCCUCAGCAUAUUGCGUCAGUUCAAGAAGGCUCGAUUGCAUCUUUCCCUCUGCGCCUACGCCAUGCCUCUACGUACACUACCAACCGCGUCGCUCUUAUCGGGGACGCAGCUCACACCAUCCAUCCUCUCGCGGGCCAAGGCCUCAACAUGGGCCUUGCGGACUCCCACUCAUUAGCUUCUGCCGUUGAACAUGCGGUUCUUCAUGGAGCAGAUAUAGGAAAUGAAAUUGCAUGUCUGGAUAGAUACAACGAGGAGAUGUGGAUGAGCAAUAACAGGAUGCUUGGUGCAGUAGAUAAAUUACAUUGGCUCUACUCUGCAACGUCAGGGCCAGUGGUGGGAUUGCGAGGUUUGGGUCUGAGGACUGUCGACGCGCUCGGCCCGGUAAAAGGGUGGUUUAUGCGACAAGCCGGAGCGUUGUGA